UUUUCAAGAAAAAGACAAAAAGAAAGAGAGAGAGAGAGAGAGAGAUGGAUUAUUACUAUGAAAAUGGCUUCUUGGAAGAGUUAUUAGCUUUAAGAAAUGAGUCGUGGGAAGGAAACAAUAUUGCCAUGGGAAUGGGAAUGGAGAUCAAUGAUGAGCUCUUAGUCAACUACAAUGACUGGCCGAGCAACGAUUGCACCGUCUUUGAUUCUUUCGGAGAAAACGCCAUGCCCGUCCCGCCACCUGGCACCGCCGCCUCGGCCUCCGCCUUUUGUUUUGAUGAACUCUCUCACUACUUACCUCUUGACCAAAGUCAAAGUUACUUUCUGUCCGAGUUCUGUAGUCCGCCAGCUGUAUUUGGUGACGAACUGUCGCCUCAGCUAGCGGAAUCCUCGAGCACCAAGCUGGAAUCAUUGCCAUUCCCGGGUAGUCAAGAAGACCUGUCGUCCAUCUUGGACCCGGUUCAAUCCUCCAGCGUUGAAACGCCGGCCAGUGCUUUCAAUAUCGGGUUUUGCCCCGAGAAAAAGGCCAACAAAUCCAAGAAGCUCCAUGGCCAACCUUCAAAGAACUUGAUGGCCGAGAGACGAAGAAGAAAGAGACUUAACGACAGACUUUCCAUGCUCAGAUCAGUUGUUCCCAAAAUUAGCAAGAUGGACAGGACAUCUAUCCUGGGGGACACAAUAGAUUACAUAAAAGAGUUGCUAGAGAGAAUCAACAAUUUGCAAGAAGAAACGGAGAUGGGGACAAAUGAGCUGAACCUAAUGAGCAUCUUCAAGAACGAGAAACCCAAUGAAAUGGUGGUCAGAAAUUCACCAAAGUUUGAUGUGGAAAGCAGAGGGGAGAUGGAUACGAGGAUAGAGAUAUGCUGUGGAGCAAAGCCAGGUCUUCUGCUAUCAACUGUGGCCACACUGGAGAAUCUAGGCCUUGAGAUUCAACAGUGUGUGAUUAGCUGUUUCAAUGAUUUUGCAAUGCAAGCUUCUUGCACUAAGGAAUUGGAGCAAAGGGAAGUCCUAAGUUCAGAAGACAUAAGGCAGGCACUGUAUAGAAAUGCUGGAUAUGGAGGGAAGUGUUUCUAAAAGAAAACAUCAAAAUAGAGGAAAGUGAGGAUAGUCUCUGGAUCUUGUUUGACAAGACAUGGAGGUUUUCGAGAGAGUUUACAUUGUAGUUAAUUUUUGUGAAUUUUGUCAUCCUAAAUAUGUGGAUAUUUCUUUUUAUAUAUUUAUAUCAAAAGUUUUGGUUGAUUUUAUUUAUUAAUGCCAUACAUCUAUUUUCAACCAUCAA